UUUCUGCGCGUGUGAAGCUGGUCCACCAUACCGUGGCGUAUUGCAGCCCCGAGUCAUCUGCGCAGGCUGCAUGUUUCAUGGACAGCCUACUAUCACUGGUGUCCAGCGGCAGCGUACUGGAACUGAAGGGCCCUGGACUGGUGACAGACCAGACCAGCAACGCUUAGGCGGGCAUGAGCGACGGUCCUAUGGGCGCAUGUUUAUAGGCUAGUCAUUUUUAGCGAUGUCAAAGAGCCUGAAGAAGAAAAAUCACUGGACCAACAAAGUCCACGAGACGGUCCUGUCCAGAAGUAAAGAGGGAGAGCUGGGGUUUGAUUUGAAAGGGGGCGCGGAGAAUGGGCAGUUUCCAUUUUUGGGUGAAGUGAAACAAGGUAAGGUGGGCAUCCAGAGCGGUAAACUGUCCCAGGACGAGCUUCUUCUGGAGGUCAACGACACGCCGGUGGCCGGGCUCACCCUCAGGGAUGUACAUGCCGUAAUCAAGCACUGCAAAGAUCCCGUACGUCUGAAGUGUGUGAGGCAAGGAGGUGUUGUAGACAAGGAUCUCCGUCAUUAUCUAAACCUCCGCUUCCAGAAGGGUUCUGUGGACCACGAACUUCAACAGAUCAUCCGAGACAACCUCUACCUCCGCACUGUGCCGUGUACUACAAGACAGCCUAAGGAGGGAGAGGUUCCAGGGCUGGACUACAACUUUGUAAGUGUUGACCGGUUUAUGGAAUUGGAGAAAAGUGGAGCUUUACUUGAAAGUGGAACAUAUGAAGAUAACUUCUAUGGCACGCCCAAGCCCCCAGCCGAGCCCUCUCCCAUGCUCUUUAAUGUGACGGACCAGCUUCUGCCCGGAGCCCGACCCAGCGCCGAGGGGAAGAGGAAGAGGAACAAGUCCGUCAGCAACAUGGAGAAGGAGAGCAUCGAGCCGCCCGAGGAGGAGGAGGAGGAGAGCCCCGUCGUCAACGGCAACGGCAUCGCCAUUACCCCAGAGUCCAGCGAGCAUGAGGACAAGAGCACAGACGCCUCGGGGGACGUGCCCCCCCAGUCCUGCCCGCCCGAGACGCCCACCCUCGCCACCACCGACGCCCCCGAGGAGGAGGAAGAGGAGGAGGAGGGAGAGGCCCCCAAAUCUCCCGCUGACUCGCAAGAUAACGAUGAGUUGGGUCCACUGCCUGACAACUGGGAAAUGGCCUACACAGAAAAGGGGGAGGUCUACUUCAUAGAUCAUAACACCAAAACGACGUCGUGGCUGGAUCCUCGGCUUGCUAAGAAGGCCAAGCCACCAGAGGAAUGCGAGGAGGAUGAUAAUGAAGUCAGUUGCAGCACCCGCUAUGGACAAAAUGUCACAAAACUUGAGCUUCCUUAUGGCUGGGAGAAGAUUGAUGACCCUAUAUAUGGCAGUUACUAUGUGGACCACAUCAACAGAAGGACCCAGUUUGAGAACCCCGUCCUGGAGGCCAAGCGACGCCAGCAGCAGCAGCAGCAGAUGCAGAGCCAGGGCCUGUCAGCGCUGCCCCUGCCCACCAUAUACAGAGAGAAACCUCCCUUCACGCGCGACCCCACCCAGCUGAAGGGCACCUUCCUGUCCACAUCGCUGCAGAAGAGCAACAUGGGCUUUGGCUUCACCAUCAUCGGCGGCGACGAGCCUGACGAGUUCCUACAGGUCAAAAGUGUCAUUCCCGACGGUCCGGCCGCACAGGACAGCAAGAUGGACACCGGUGAUGUCAUCGUCUACAUAAAUGACAUUUGCGUGCUUGGCACCACCCACGCCGACGUGGUCAAGCUCUUCCAGUCGGUGCCCAUUGGUCAGAGCGUCACCCUCAUGCUGUGCCGAGGCUACCCACUGCCCUACGACCCCGAGGACCCGUCGGCCAGCAACACGCUGCAGCCCAUGGGCCUGGUGGAGCACCCGCUGCUGCUCAACGGCCGCAGCAGCUACGACAACUACAUGGAGUACAUGUCCCUGACCGGCCGCCUGCCUGACCAGCAGACGCCCAUCCCCCACCCCGGGGACACGCACCUGGACGGCUCCCAGCCCCCCUCCCUCAGCGCGCCGGGCAGCUCCGGAGCCAUGGGGCACGAGGACGCCGUGUCCAUGGCGUCGUCGGGGACGGCGGCGGGGGCAGGGGCUGGACAAGGGGUGGAGCUGCUGAGUCUGACCAUGGUGAAGGGCGCGGAGGGCUUCGGGUUCACCAUCGCGGACAGCUCCACGGGUCAGCGGGUCAAGCAGGUGCUGGAGGCCCAGGGCUGCCCGGGGCUGUGCGAGGGGGACCUGAUGGUGGAGUUCAACCAGCAGGGCCUGCAGGGCCUCAACCACAACCAGGUGGUGCAGCUGCUGAAGGACUGUCCAGUGGGAACGGAGGCCACCCUGGUCAUCCAGAGGGCAGCCCCAGCAGCAGGUCACUUUUCUCCGUGGGAGGGCUCUAAACAGUGGGACCCCCAGUGUAGCCCCCAGACGAGCCUGUCGGCUCCAGGGUUGCCCCACGGUGCCCCCCACCCCUCCCACACCCUCCACCGCUCCUCUGUGCCAGAUUCGGAGGCCUUCCACCUCAGCAAGCCCGACCCGUACGACCUGUACGAAAAGUCCCGGGCCAUCUACGAGAGCCGGCAGCCAAUUAUAUCGCGGUUUCAUUUCCUUUCAGAUGCAACAGGACCCGAGUACCAGGAGGUGGAGGUCCACUUGCUGCGGGAGAAGACCGGCUUCGGCUUUCGGAUCCUGGGCGGAGACGAGGCGGUGCAGGCUAUUGUAAUCGGGGCCAUAAUAGAGAACAGCCCUGCAGAGCGGGAUGGCCGCCUGCGGCCAGGGGAUGAGCUGGUGUCCGUGGACCACAUGCCUGUGGCGGGGAGACCCCACCGAUACGUCAUUGACCUCAUGCACGCAGCUGCUCGCAACGGUCAAGUUACACUUACUGUCAGGAGAUCAGUCCAACCACUAGGUGAACUAUGUCCAGAAAACGGCGCUGCGGCUGCUCCUGUCUCUGGCUUGGCCCAGCACAGCCCACGAGGACAUGGCUGCCCAGUCAACCUGCCCCCGACCACUGAUGUGCUCAUCCACCGCAAGGAGAGCGAGGGCUUCGGCUUCGUCAUCAUCAGCUCCCUCAACAGGCCUGAGAACAGUGCCACCAUCACAGUGCCACACAAGAUUGGCCGCAUCAUUGAAGGUAGUCCAGCCGACCGUUGUGGAAAACUCAAGGUUGGGGACCGCAUCAUGGCCGUCAAUGGACAGUCCAUUAUCAACAUGCCACAUGCUGACAUUGUCAAACUAAUAAAGGAUGCUGGCCUCUCUGUUACUCUCCACAUCAUCCCUGAAGAAGAUGGAAAUGGACCACACUCUGCACCCACGUCAGAGAAGCAAAGCCCCAUGGCCCAGAAACACAGUCCACAGGCCCAGUCCAGCCCAGCGGCCCACCAGAGCCCCUCCAGCACCCAGCCGCCCCUAGCCACCAGCCAGCCCAGUCCACUGGUCACAGAGGCCAGCCCCACCGUGGCCCAGAGCAGCCCAAUGGUGGUCACACAGCCCAGCCCAGCUGCACCUCAGCCCAGCAUGGAGGGCCUCCAGCCCACUCCCACAGCCCCUCAUCCUGUCUCGGUGGUGGAGCCCUGCAUCUCCAUGGCUGCUCCUUGCCAGGUCACCUCAGUGCCAGUCCCCCCACAGCUAUACCUCCAUGACAGCAGGUCAGAGGUAAAAGCGCGGCAAGAUGUGAAACCAGAUAUAUGUCAGCCUCCAUACACAGACUACCGGCAGCCUCCAGUAGACUACAGACACCCUCCAGUGGCAGACUACCGCCAGCCUCCCACACUGGAGUACCGCCACCCCCCUCUCAUCGACUACAGGCAGCAUGCAGUCCCAGACUACAGGCCACAGGUGCUGCCACAGGACUUUGAUUACUUCACUGUGGACCUGGAGAAGAGUGUGAAAGGGUUUGGCUUCAGCAUUCGGGGAGGAAGGGAGUACAAAAUGGACCUGUUUGUGCUGAGGCUGGCGGAAGAUGGGCCUGCCAUACGCAGUGGAAGGAUGAGGGUUGGAGACCAGAUUAUUGAGAUCAACGGGGAAAGCACCAGGGACAUGAGCCACGCCCGUGCCAUUGAGCUGAUCAAGGCCGGGGGGCGGCGCGUGCGUCUGCUAUUGAAGAGGGGCACAGGCCAGGUGCCAGAGUAUGGAUUGGUACCUUCCAACCUCUCCAUGUGCAUGAAAAGUGAAACUCUAGGCUCUCCCUAUUUCUUCAUAAUGGGACACUCAAAAGAUACGACGGUGCCGCCACCUGGGAUGCUGUCCCUCCAGCCGUCCUUACCCUGCCGGAAGUAGCGCCACACCACACGCCCAGGACUCAGCCCUCAUCUCAUUCCAGCGCACGCCCCUGACCUCUCCUCUGCAAGCAAUGACAUUUUCGGUGUGUAAGUGUGACUGUGUCCAUGUGUGCCUUUGAAUGAGAGUGUGUGUGUGUGUGUGUGUGUGUGUGUGUGUGUGUGUAUGUAUAUGUGUGUGUGUGUGUUCCUUUGUUAGUCACAUAUUGCCGAAAAGCGGAGGGGUUGCUCUACUCAGGGUGGCAGGCCCACCCGCGGGUCCCUGAGCUGCAGCGUGCGAGAGGGACGUGGCUCCCGGCCCCCCAGCUGCAGCCAGAGACAGCUUUGUGGAGUCCACGGGACAAGAGGAGAAAAUGAGCUGAGCACUGUGUUUGGGGCCUUCAGUCCGCACACCUGCAGACUUGCUUCAGUGUGGAUGUUAUUCAGCGUGGAGUGGGCAGGUUCCUGGACCUCAGGCGCAUGCCAACCACAGGGGUAAACAAACCUGAGAUGAGGGCAUGGCAACCCAGCGAGCGGGACAAACUCUUCUUGAGGUUAUGGAGGACACAAAGAAAUCCCUCGAAAGGGAGUUGAUAUGCAGUGUGGGAAGAAAACAAAAACAAACUAAGGCAAACUCCCAGUCUGACAGUACAUGGGAUUUUGCUUUCGGUGUCCCUUUUGUGCAACCUAGAGGAGGAAAUCCUUCAUUUCCACCUCUCUCUUCAUGUUUCUGUUAUGGAUUGCUUUCUAUACUAGAUGUUCACUCUAGCCAUUUCAAAAAAAGACUGUAUUCUCUCCAGAAAGGAGACAAUACAUGCAGUGUAGCAUGAAAGGCCAGUUAAGAAUCCCAGUGGACAAAAUGCAAAUGAUGUAAUGAGUGUAAAGAUAUUUGUGUGUAAGGUCAUUGUUGCAGUCCUACAAUAUGGAGAGCAGAGUAGCGUGCUAGCAGAGAAUGAAUGUUGAAUUGUGUUACAAAUCCAUUUUGAGAUAUAUCAACAGCUCUGCCUUAAAAGGAACUCCUCGAGUUGACUCAAGUGUUAGUACCGUGUAUAUCGGAUAUUCAUAGAGUUGCUGUGAAUUCUUUUUUUUUUUUAUCAUUUCUGUGUGAAAAGGCAAACAUACAAAACUGGAAGAAAAAAAAAACCAUGCCACACAGACUUUUGACUUCUUAGGUUGUAAAUUAUUACAUAUAAAUCAAUUGUUAAAGCAUAUAGAGACUCAUCUUUGAUUACAUAUCAAAAGUCCUUGGAUUAAUUCAAGACUAAACUGCAAAUGGGCUCUCCUGUGCUCACUUUUUGAGUGUGAGAAGGAAUUGUGGAGUUCUUUCUCAAUUGUGCUCUAUGUACCAAGCCACUCUGAGGGCCAAAGCCACUGUUCUGAAUACUCUGAGAUGGCCCAAUCUUACAAAUCUCCUUAAUUUGUUGACCCACCUAAUGGUAUUGUGUCGUGUUGUUAAGAAGAGAUGGCUCCAUGGAGCCACAUGCAGGUGCUGAGUUACUCCAUUCUCCUUUACGUUUUACUUGUGUGUCACUUCUGAGCUGUAAAUUGUGGUUGCUCUGCAGUAGUGAACCUAAAUGUGUUCUUUGUUGUUUUUUCUUCUCAUCGUUCCCAAAGACCAAACAAAGAGAUGAGAAAACAUAAAGAAUGGAAGCAGGCUAGGAGUUGUUAUUUUGGUGCAUACUUGUGUUGAGCUCAGAGAAGCACUUGACAGAGCCGAGUGCCUUAGGAGCCAGAUCUAGAGCAGACAGGAGUGUUGAGAAGCCACUACAGAGGGUGGCCACGAGCAGACUGAACACAAGGUCACAUUAAAGCAACAGGACCACAUUCACUCACAUUCAGGACCGUGUUCACUCAGCUUACCUGUACUCUCUUUUGACUGAACAGAAAUUCACUUCAUAACACUGCAUGUGUGUGUCAUGACUCCUGAGAUGAGCCACAUUGGACUUCACUGAUUGAACUUUCCCUACCAUAUAAAAUAGAUUCCCUUGUCUGACUUUGUUGAUCGUAUUGUUACAACAUUAUCCCUCUACUCCCCAGCCUAAUAUAUUUUAAGGUUAGGCUGUGUUAAUGCCUAAAGCCACAUCACCCAGCAACACUGUUCUACCUGUUCGAACAGAGGCCAGUGAAGCUGCUGCUUGCGCUGAACUUAGGCUGAUAAUGGUGCCUUUGGCCCUAGGGCCCCAGUGGGUACUGUACUGACCGACACUGCUGAAGACUUUGUCAGAUAGGGUUGUGGGAGGAGCACUGUAACAGUGUGGGUGGCAAACAGGUCAAACAUACAGCGUACCAAUUACACUGUGCCCGACAUAUGCCCCAUCAGUGUUCCUAAACAUAUGUAUUGAAUUGGAUUUUGAUGGAUGCUGUUAACAACACGUACACAUAUUAUUUGUAUUGCAUUAGUUCAGUGAUGGGGAAAGGUUUUGUUUAGUGUUGCCAUUUUUAGCAUGACUCUAAAGGAAAUCGUUGCUGCUUUUCCAAGUCCGUAUUGAAAGAUUCGGGAUGCUAAUUCUUGCUGAACCCUGAAUUCUGUUCAUCACAAAAAAGAAACAACUGCUGCUCCCCAGCAACCAUUGUUCAUAAUCAAGGUGCCAAUUAUUCUGUCAUUGUAGUAUAUACAGAAUUUACAGGUAGUGCAAGCUGAGAAAUAUAUAUGUAUUAUCAUAUUUUGGUAACUGACAGAGUUGACAUCAGUUUUAAAUAAGUUGUAUUAGAGUGCCAAGGAUGCAGAAAAUAACAAACAUCCAUGACAGUAUUUACACAGAAUACUUGAAAGCUAUAUUUUCCCUGUCAAUAAAUUCCUGUUGAUCCCCCAGCACAAAGACAUCCAGUAUACUCCAGUCAUAGGUACUAGAUUCAGUGCAAUGUGGUAGACAUAUGCUCAUUAUCGCUGUUUACAAGGGACAGAGAAAAGCAUAUAUUGCACAGCUCAUAGCUUUUACUGUUGAAGCUGUUUCCUGCCUGCUGUGAAAAGUUUUUUUAUUCUCAGAAAAUAUUGAAUCUGUGAAAGAUGGCACGCUACCGAGGCCCACUCAGAUCGAUAUUACUGUGUAGUGUUAGAUGUGUAUUUAACUUGUACAGCUGUAUUCCUAUACAUAUGAUUUAAUGUAUUACUGAUAGUUUCAAACACUAAGUGAGCAAAUAUUUUUAUGAAAUGGUACAGUGUGGAUAUACAUUUUUGCUAAGAUCUUGUUUACUGUAUGAUAUUCUGAAAUACUGUCAAAUAAACUCUUGACCUGG